AUGGCUGUCGAAGUCAACGAUCUCGCAAAGGAGCAUGGCUCCCAAUGGAAGCACACGAAUCGAGUCUACAAGAUCCUCGAGUACAACUACAUUGUGUUUCCUCUCACAUUUAUUCUCACUUUAUAUGCUGUUAAACAUGCCACCCACGCGGGCGGGUACUAUCUUGAUAUUGCAGAAGAUGGAUGGUUCAAGUCGACAAUAUUCCAUGUCACCAUGAUGACGGUAUUCCUACUACUGCAAAUGCCGCCCUUUGGACAAUUCUUAGGUCUAUGUCUACCCAUGCGACCGAACAAGUUCGCAGAUAAACCAAGGACACGACGGCUAGGAACGCUCCAUGUCUGCCUCGUGACAAAAGGCACCAAUGUGUCGACUGCUGUCAAUUCAGUCAGAUGCUGGGAUAAUCUUUCGCAGCGUGAGAAUCCCUCGGUCAAGUUUCACGUUCUUCUUGACAGUGAGAACUCCGGCGAACUGGAACAGCAACUUCCAUCAUAUGUUGUCGUCGAUAAAGUGCCUGAAAGCUUUUCGGUGAAAAAGGCGAAGUACAAGGCUAGGGCGCAGGAGUACUUCCGACUGAAAUACAAAUUCUCCAAAGAGGAUUGGGUCUUGCAUCUGGAUGAAGAGUCCGAGAUGGAUGAUCGUGCGUUGCAAACGACCUUGGAUUUCAUUGAGAGAGGCACAGGGGAGCUUGGAAUGGGAACAAUCUAUUAUACCGCGUCCAAUCACUGGACUAACAUGCUGAUGUCGGCUGCUGAGGUGAAUCGAGUAGCCGAGGAUUUUGGGCGAUUCCAGUUGCCUCUACUGCUGCUCCGACGCCCAUUCCUCGGCUGGACUCAUGGCUCAUGGCUGCUCAUAAAUGGAGCAGUAGAGAAUGCGAUUGGCUGGGAUACUGAUAAUGUGUGUGAGGAUUACUGGUUUGGCUACCAUGCUGCACGGCUCGGAUAUAAAUUCGAUUGGCUUCACGGUAUCUUCCGCGAGCAACCGCCUUGCACAUUACAGGAUCUAUGCAAGCAGCGACGACGUUGGUUCACCGGAAUCUUUCGUUUUGAGCAGCCCCUUGCGGGUAUAGCCCUAACAUUUGGGAUCCUUGCUGGAAUCGGAACAUUGAUUUACCCCGGUAUUGGUUUCCUCUGGCAAAAGCCAGCGGUCCCGUCUUGGUUCAGAGAUAUUAUGAUCUUCAACGAUGCUGCUGGUUUGCAUGUGCUCGUGUCUGCUUCUGUUUUGCAGGACAUGAGCAUUAUGAACCAGUCAUUGACAUCUAUCAUCUUGCACGUGGUUGUAUCUGUCAUAACCCAACCAGUUGUGAAUCUAGUACAUAUCGUGCUAUUUUUCUCUGUUGUUCUGUCGCCCCCCAGGGGGUUUGAUGUGAUCAAGAAGGCCUGA